UAGGAAAUUCAAAGGCGACAGCAGUCAGUGACUCAAUACCAGAAAUUUCUUGGUCUAGUGAAUUCCAAGAUUGCGUGCACAAGAGUUACAGGUGCAAAUACUUCCAGAUAUAAUGCUUGCUGCGCAUUAUACUAGUUGCAAAUCCGUAGUUAAAUAUGUCGUAAGUUGUUUGUGUCUGUCGCAUACAGAAAAACACUCACACACACACGGUUAGUUAAGUUGUAUUGUAAAUGUAUUGCGCUAGGUCGGUGAUACAAUUUUCUGAAAUAAUUGAGUAUGGCUUGCGAAUGAAUUUAACAACGACACUUAUGAAAACAUGCAAUUUUAUUUUCGUUGGGCACAUAUAAAUAUGAUUGCGGACAUAUUAAAAAGCAUUAGUUUCGAGUUUAAAGCCACAAAGAAGUGACAACGUUUCAAACGGCAAGCCACCAACAAGGAUUAUUUACAAGUGUUCAAAGGAUUAAAGUUGUCUUUAUAAAUUUACCAAAUGGAUACCAAAUAUUUCGGACUGUUGCAGCUUAUUGGCUUGUUGUUUUUAGUGAGCUUGGCAGCAGCCAUUCCCAAGUACGAAGGCAAGCAAAAAGCUUAUGGCGAAAAAUCACAAUGGAGUCGAUCAUAUUUGAAUGAAAACAAGACGCAAUUCAGCGAACCGCAGACUGCCUCAACAAAAGACAGAUUGGAGCGACUCGGCUAUACGACUGGCUAUGGAAGUUUGAAUGGUUAUCCAGGUGGCACUGGACUUUCUGCAUAUAAUCCCAUCAAAUUGGAUCUGGGCGGAGUAGUGCUGGGCACCCUGGUGGGCAUUGGUGCCAUCAUUCUCAUACCCAAGAUAUUGUCAGCUUUCCAUGGCGGUUACGGUGGCUACGGACGCAGCGAUGACCAAAAUGAUCUGGCAUCCAUUAGUAGUAUGAUAAACAAAAUUGAUGAUGUACUGGGACAAAACAACAUUGACUCGACUAGUUGCAUGCAACGCGCCGUCUGUGGCUAUGUUCGAUCGACGGAGAAGAACAUGAAGACCGGAAUAUCGGAUCAAAUGGACGAAUUCAUUCAUAUGCUCUCCGAAAAUUCCCUCGUAGACUAUCUAUUGGAUGGUACUGCGAUAAAGGAGGCCUUGGAACAUGGAAAGGAAUUAAAUAGUAGACCUUGCGAAGAACUCUACCAAUCGUGUCCUUUGGACAGUACAUCGGCAACUAAUAUUCUCAUGAAAUUAUUACCCAAGAAAAGCAAAAGUGCUAAAUCUAGUUCUACAGAUGCAACCGACAAAUAA